GUGCUCCGCCGCAGCCAGUGGAGCCAGGCGAAGGGAGCUGAGAAGGUGGUGGCGUCUUACUAGAGGUCGCAGAACGGAGGCGGGCAAGCAGCAUGGCAGCAGCGUUAAUGCUCCGAGCCUCCGUUAGUUUGCUGCACAGGCAUGGGAAAGUCUGUGCAGACUGGCUCGCUCGGGUGUCUUCCAGGACAAUGGCUUCCAAAACUCCAGUUGGAUUUAUUGGUUUGGGAAACAUGGGAAAUCCAAUGGCAAAAAACCUUGUGAAACAUGGUUACCCCAUUAUCGCUUGCGAUGUAUUUCCAGAAGCAUGUAAGGAAUUUCAAGAGCUGGGUACCCAGGUGGGUGAUUCUCCAGCAGAUGUAGCAGAUAAAGCAGAUAGGAUUAUUACAAUGCUUCCAUCUAAUCUUAAUGCAAUAGAAGUUUACAUAGGUACCAAUGGAAUUCUCAAGAAAGUGAAGAAAGGUUCUCUAUUAAUAGAUUCCAGUACUAUUGAUCCCGAAGUUUCAAAAGAAUUAGCUAAAGAAGCUGAAAAAAUGGGAGCUGUUUUUAUGGAUGCCCCUGUUUCUGGUGGUGUUGGAGCUGCUCGUGCAGGAAAUCUUACCUUCAUGGUCGGGGGAGUAGAGCAGGAAUUUGAUGCUGCAAAAGAGCUUCUCACAUGUAUGGGUUCCAAUGUGGUCUAUUGUGGAGAAGUUGGAACUGGACAGGCUGCAAAAAUAUGCAAUAAUAUGCUGUUAGCCAUCAGUAUGAUUGGAACUGCUGAGACCAUGAAUCUUGGAAUCAGGUUAGGGCUUGACCCAAAUCUCCUGGCCAAAAUCUUAAAUAUGAGUUCAGGCCGUUGUUGGUCAAGUGAUACAUACAACCCUGUGCCAGGAGUAAUGGAAGGGGUACCUUCUGCUAAUAAUUAUCAAGGUGGCUUUGGAACAACCCUUAUGGCUAAGGAUCUUGGCUUGGCCCAGAUUUCUGCCACCAACACCAAGUCUCCAGUCCCACUUGGAUCCCUAGCCCAUCAGAUUUACAGGAUAAUGUGUGCCAAGGGCUAUGCCCAAAAAGACUUCUCAUCUGUAUUCCAGUUUUUACGGGAAGAAAACUUGUGAAUUCUCUAUUGACUUUUAACUAGAGACAUUGUUAAAAAAAAACCAUGUAUUUAGAACCUCUUUCAGAUUAAUCAAUAAAUACAUGAGAUUAAUCAAAGAUCAUGAAUCAUGAUCUCACCCACUUCUGUAUUCUAAAGUCACAGCUAAUUCCAAGAUUUCCUAUCUAUAAUUUCAAAUACUGUGGAAUUUUUUUAAAAUAAUUUAUAUAUAACUUACUUAAAAGUGCAGUAGUAGAGUUUAAAGAAAACCCGGUAUAUUUGUAUUUACAUACAUACUUCCAAACGACGGUUUUCCAAACUUGUUAUCUCCAGAUGGGAUGGAUUUUAAGUUGGAUUGCAAAAUGGACAUGGGCUACUAGGUUGAGAAAAGAUUUUCUGAACUGUACAAGUAUAAUGGUUUAAAGAGAUCCUGAACUUCCUAAAUAAUAUUCUAAUUUACUUUUAAAACAAAAUUAUUAUAAUGAAGAGUUAAUGAUAAAAAAUUGUAUUAACUAUUGCAAUUUAUUUGAAAUCUGGUGCUUAUGGUUUUGGAAAGUUAUAGUAAAAAUAACAGUGUGAUACAUGUUUAACAUUUUUUCUUCAAUAGCCUAAUUUUAUAUAUUUUUGAUUUUUUCAUCUUUUCAACAGAUUCAUGCCUACUUCCUUUACUGACAUGCAGAUAUCUUGGUAUUGUUAUAAAUCUAAAUAAAUAAAUCCUUUGAAAUCUAAGGUAAUGAUCACAAGAAGAAAUUUAUGGGCUUAUUGAGGGGGGAGUAUUAUUUUGCUUUUAUUAUGAUCAGAUUCUACACAUAGUCAUACCAAUAAAAUGCAUUUUGAAAAAUACAUAAGCAAAUUAAAGACCUGUCUUGCAUAAACGAGGACAUAGUGUAAAGGUCUGUAGAUUGGUGUGUUCAUUAAAUUUCCAUUCUUGUUUGUUAAGAAUGCAGUCUACAACUUUAAAAUGGAUAACCACAAUACAGAAUAUAUAAGACCAUUAAUCUCCUGGUAUCAUAAACAGAUUUUUUUAAACAAAAACAAUUUUUUGUUACUAUCACCAUAUUCUGUUCAGUCCUAGAACUGAAGCAAUAAAAAAAUUUAAUAACCCUUUUUAUAAUUAGCUAUAAUCAUAUAACUGAUUUCAGAUCACUCUUGUGAGGGUUUAAGUAUGGUCAAAUGAACAAUAUGGCAGCAGAAAAAAUGCUGGGUGAUUCAAAAUAUAGAGUCAAAAAGACCGAAGAAAGCUGGUUCUAUAGAUCUGAUGGUAGAGCAGAUGUGAUAAAGACAGCACAUAAACACAUGGAGCAUUCUGGAAAGUAAGCAGACUGUUCUAACUAAGAAUAUUAGAAAUGUGAAAUGGGUGAAGUUUUCUCUUUCAUUUUAAUAGACAAGGCUAUUGGGAAAAUACAGCCUGUUAAUUAAAGGUACUUAGGAUAGGGUAGAAGACUUCUUUUUCAUGGAGUGGCUUCCUUGCUGGAUUGGGAGUAAUGGAUUUUGUUUCCCAAGCUGUAUGUGGGAUUGUUUCUGUUUUGUUUUACAAUUAGGUAAUCUACACAAUCAGCUACAAAUGUGAAUUAAAUUUUAAGUGCUUGAUUUUCUACAGUACUGCAAUUUAAAAAGAAAAACAAAUUCCAUAGUCUGACUUCUUCCAGUCAACUUUUUCCAACUAUUCCAGAGUUUGAAAAAAAUUCCAAAGCCGUUUUGGUGGAAUAGAGCCAGAAAAAUUCUGAUUUGGUAUUACUGUUUCAUUAAAAGUAAUGGCUAUGAAGCCUUGUUGAGAUAAUUGCAGUUAGUUACAUAGGAUAGAUUUUGAUGCUAAACAGUUUAACAUGAAAAAAAUACAGUCUUAUAAUGUGUCUUAAUAAGUAAAUUGAGAUGUUUACUCACAUAAAUUUCUUUGAGUUCUGUUCCAUGUUUCCAUCCGAGGUCAAUACAUAAAAUUGCAUGAUUUAGUAACUGAAACAUCAUCAGUUUUGUGGCAAUAGGUUCUAUUGAAAGAAAAAGA